AUGAAAAAACUGCUCGGUGUUGGAGGCAAUAGAAGCUCAGUGAGCCUUUCAUCAUCACCGAACACGUUAUCACCCUCUCCACCCAUGUUAUCAUCAUCAUCUCAACCAUCACCAGCCAAUGAUGCUAGUCCGAACCUUGAUCCAUCUUCAGCAGCUGCUCAAAUUCAAUCUCAUAUCAAUUCGGGUGAUGAUUUCAUUUUAGCUUCCCUUGUGGAAUCUGGUUUCAUCACAGGUAGUAUAAAAACAGUCUAUGAAAGAGGAAAGGAAGAUUCGUUUUACGACUCGUUGGACGUUUUUCUUGAAAAACAAAAAAGUGAAAUUGAACACAUCUGUAGCGAGAAUUAUGAAGAAUUUCUCAAGUCCGUGAGCCAGCUGAAAAGUGUUCGGAGUGAUGGUAAAACAUUAAAAAAGAAAAUAAUUUCUCUCAAUGAGGAUGUUCAAAAAGCAGGAAGAGAAGCUCUUGAAUGUGGUAAACAACUGGUCAUGUAUCAUAACAUUGCAGACAAUAUUCAGUCAGCUGUACAAAUGGUUGAUUUAUGCAAACAUGUUUCUACGCUAGCUUCCAAGGUGUAUACACAGAUUCAAGAACAAAAAUAUUUCUCUGCAUUGAAGACUCUUGAUAACUUGGAGAAAUCAGUGAGAACCGUGCAUUUGUUUAGUUUUGCUCAGUAUCUGGAAAAACAAAUUCCAAUAUUCAGGAAAAAGAUUAAACAAAAUGUAGAACGAGAUUUUAACCAGUGGUUGGUUAAUGUGAAAAAUAAGAGCCAAGAAAUAGGAAGGUCAAUGAUUGAAAAGCAAUUUAAAUUGAUGGCCAAUAACGUAAAUGUCAAAUAUAACGAGUUCGUGGCGAGCAAUGAGUUCAAUUUUACAUUUCCCAAUGUAGAUAUUAUCAAUGACAGUGUCACAGUAUUUGACGUUUUGACCCAACACAAAGUAGAGUUAACUCCAGUGUACACUUGUAAACAUAUUUAUGAAUCCAUGGACUCUUACGAACAAUUUAAAGGAUACUACAAGAGAAAUAGAGCUAUUCAAUUGAACCAUGAGAUUACACAUCCUCCACAAUUGGAAUUGGACAAAAAAUCCUCCAAAGACACCUCAAUAUAUCCAGCAUCUAUACAAGAAUGGCUUGAAAGAAUUAUUGGCUUCUUUACGGUGGAGUCAGUCACACUUAAAACAACAUCGUCCCUCUUGUCAAAUAUUGAACUGAAUGCCAUGUGGGAACAAUCUCUCCAGCAAAUUAUCACAACCAUUGACGAACAUUUAGCUAUUCGUAUGAACAAUCCAAAAGAAUAUCUGAAUAUGAAAAAGAUGGUAUUGAUAUUUUCAAUGACAGCAUCCGAACAACUUGCUCUUCAUACCUCAUUGCUUAUAGAUUUAUUGGCUCACUAUAGGAUUGCAUUUUCAAGAUCUAUUGAAUACACGGCAAUAGAAAACAUUGAAAAAUCGGAUUGUAAAAAACAAUUCACAUGCGUCAAGCAAACUCCAGAAAGUGUCGAGCAAAAGAAUUUGAAAAAAUUCAACUUGAUGAACAGCAGUAAUUUAAACGGAAAUACGUUGACAUUCCCGUUCUCGGAAAUUGUGUUGGUCACUUGUGUUGAGAUUGAAAAUUUCAUCCUGGACUAUGAAGUAUAUUGUGACAGAAUUGUAUCGUAUACGACAAGUAUCAAACAGAUGAAGAAUGGAGUUUGCAAGCUCUUUGAAUGCGCUUUGAAAUGUUUGGAUCAAGAAUUGCACAGCUCAUCAUCUUCUGGUGUUGAAAGAUAUGUGCAAGCAGUCCUUAACUACCAAUACAUGAUCGAUGCAGCAUUACCAUAUUUUGAAGAUUUAUAUAGCAAACGCUGUGGAAAACAAUCGACAACUACCAGUGCAUUGCCAAGUUCUGGGAACGCUUCUCAACCUAAAACUGCUUCUUCGUCGUCCACAACGACCACAGGCACCACAACUUCUUCUAUCACAUAUUUUAAAGAUCUUUUGAUUCGAAUGCAGCAAUGCAAGGACAGAGGAGAAGAUUUAAUUCUUAAGGAGGUUCUUGGAAAAUGUAACAAACAACUCUCGCAAGCCAGUACCUUUGUGUUUGCCCCAGAAUAUCAAGCUGAAGGCGUUAUUACCGCUACGUUUGGAAUGGUGACAGAUAACCUUAAAACUCUUGGUAACAACUUGUUACUCAACAAUAAUCAAUCUCAAAUUGAUCCAAAGCAAGAAAUGUACAAUGAACCACAUCCAUUCAUUAUGGAUCUCAUCAAAAGCCUGAGCGUCUUUUAUAAGAGUAUUCAACAUCUCAAGCAAGAAAAGACUGAACAAAUCAUGUUCUCUGCCUGUGAUACUAUCGCAAGGUAUUUGAAAGACAUAAUUUCUACUUCAAAAAUUGCGAAUGAGAUUACAAUGAAAGGAAUGUUUACCAUCUAUAAGGACGUUCAACAAUUGGUAAAAUUCUGCUCCAUAGACUUGAAUUUGAAGAAUUGUGCCUUGUGUUUUGCUGAAUUGCACACUGUAUUGCAAUUCUUGAUUGAUAUGGAACAUUUUAAUGAGGAAGCAUUUGUUGUAUUUGAUGAGGAAACCAAGACACUUGUCGAACAUGGAGAAGUGGAAAAGAAACUAAUUACAAAAUUUGAAAAGGAAGAAGCCAACAGAGACAAGACGUCCCUAUUGGUAGCUAUAUUAGCCCAUUUGAAGAUUACACGAACAGAAUUUUUGAAACGAACCCACCUGAAAAAACCAAAAAUUUCAGACUUGAAAAACUUAUUCAAAAAGUAA